AUGGAUCCAAAAUCGGAGUCGGAUCCGUGCCCGCUGCUAAGAGGUAUCCAUUUCGAGGUGUCACUGCCGAAGAAGGGUUUUGAGGGUUUCACAGCUUCUGCAGUUUCCUCGUCAUUUCUUGUUUGUUCUUCUUCACACCCAAAGAUGAAGCUCGUCAGGUUUUUGAUGAAGUUGAACAACGAGACCGUGUCGAUCGAGCUGAAGAAUGGGACUGUGGUCCAUGGAACCAUCACUGGUGUUGAUGUUAGCAUGAAUACUCACUUGAAGACAGUUAAAAUGAGCCUGAAGGGGAAAAACCCAGUAACACUCGAUCAUCUGAGCUUGAGGGGAAACAAUAUCCGCUACUACAUUCUUCCUGAUAGCUUGAACCUGGAGACUCUACUUGUGGAAGACACUCCUCGAGUUAAACCUAAGAAGCCUGUUGCUGGGAAGCCUGUUGGACGCGGCCGUGGGCGUGGGCGUGGUCGUGGUCGUGGCCCUGGCAGUGGCAGAGGUCGUUAG